AUGAUGUCUGGUUAUCACGGCAGCACCAGUGCACCUAUCUUUGAGGUGCCAGAGCGCAAGAUAGUUGCCGUGGAGCAUCCAUGCAUCCUGCGCAAUCUCGACAAUGGCCUCAACGCGUUUGGACCAGACCCCAACUUCCGAAGACUAAUCGACGAUGUCCCGGAACCUAUGGCCUUACCUCUGUGGUUUCGGCCUGAUAACCCUGCAUCAAAGCCGAUCAUAUCCCACCAUGCCGCUACGAAUAACGUCUUACUCAAGAUCACUGUCCCUAGGCGGACAGGCCGUAAGCGUAAACGCGGGAGUGGCGACCCUUUUUCUGGCGAUGUACACCUCCCGAGGCCUAUGAUGAUGGACUCAGAAGCCAACGUGGUUGGCUCCGUGGACCGCCGCGACUCCCCACGUUCCAUCCUGCGCAAAAUGCAGGAUAACGUGGACAACCAUGAAGUGGAAGCCAUUGGGUUGAUUCGAGACAGCCACCGGUACCGAGGAUUGGCAGAUUUCCAGUUCGCAAGUACCGACUCCCCGUUCUUGAACAAAGUCGCCGAGCAUCUGCUUCCGAUGAAAUUGUCGAAGCUGCGGGAAUUCCGAUUGGAACCAGGUGUGGCCACCGCACCUGGUCAGGAGAUAAUACCUCCACCGCACUUUACCGACAAGGUCAUCGGCUUUAAUUACAACUACGAGCAGAACCCGACUAUUCGUGAUGACGGAGGGGAAAACGGAUUGGUGAAUACGCAAGGUCGGAAACAACUCUCCUAUGGCCAUUUUAUCCACCACAACCACUUUCCCGCACCCGAGCAACCGAAAAGGCCUCGCGAUGGGAACCAUGGUGUACCAGACGCAUUACUGAGCCAACUAGAUGAGGCUAUGGAACGUAGACCCGUCUGGACGCGCCGCUCCAUACUGAACCAGGUACACGGCAAAUUUGGCGAGUCAAUCGUCAAAAUCGCGAUCCAGCUGGUUGGGUACCAAUUUAGGGGCGGUCCGUGGCGGGAUUCCAUUGUCAAAUAUGGUGUAGAUCCCCGAGUUGAUCCGGAGCAUCGACAAUAUCAAACUCUGUCCUUCAAGCUGGAGAGGAAUAUUGCGGGGAAGGCGAAAACUCCCUGGCAAACCAUCAGGAAAGGCCAAACCAAGAUCCACAACAAUACAGACAGGAACAGCCACUCAUGGGAUGGGGAGAGCUACUCUACCGAUGGCAAGUUCUGGCAGGUCUGCGAUAUCACAGACCCUUUCAUGCUGAAGCUGAUCGAGGAAGCCCCUCUGCGGACUGAGUGCGAUGUGAACGAGUCAGGCUGGUUUCACAGAGGCACAUGGAACAAAGUCAAAGCGGCCAUGAGAGUAAAGAUGUUUGCCAUCAGCAAGGGCAAGAUGGGCUCGGAGGACGACAAUCCGCAGAAGAAAGGCUAUCUCUACAACUCCUUCCUCGCGGCCAAGCUGGCUAUGUACCCGGAUGUGUCUGACAAGCCAUUCACGGUUGCCGUGGAAGGGCUGCUGCGACCGCUAGAAGAACUCGAAGGACGGAUACGCAGCAAGCGUCGUCCAGAUCUACCAAAAGCGCCUAAGCGGUGGUCUGAAUCCGGCGCCGCAUAUUCCCCUACAAGCCCCAGAGGUGACCGCCAUGGCCAAGACGAGGAUUCUGAUGAUUUGUUCGUCGCCAAUGCGCCAAGAAGCCCCACAGGCAACCGCCAUGGCCAAGACGACGAGCUCGCUCAAUUUGAUUCUGAUGGUCUGUUUGUCGCUGAUGACCAGAAAAUGGACAACGCAUGGGAUCACAUCCUCGAUAGCGACUUGGACGGGGGAGAUCCUGAAGCGGAAAAUGAUGACCAAGACGGUUAUGGUGAGGAUUAUGAGCAGUACGACGAUGGAGAAGGUCGCAUCGAAGACGGAGAUGAGGACGAUGGCAUGGGAAAUGAUGGGGCGGAAGAUGCUGAUGGCGACGCUGACUAG